GCUCAAGCCAUGCCAUAUGAUUUUAUCAUUCCCAAAUAAUCAUGAAGGGCAGACCCGCCCAUAUUCGGACGCGCUACGCAAGCUGUGUGAGCUGCUGCCGAAGGUUUCGAGGGACUGGAGAUACCAGAUUGCAUGUGCGGAGCUGGACGGCAGCAGAAUUCUGAUGACCUUGGCAAAGCCUGCGGUAGUCAUCGGCGCCAUCCAGACAAUCAUAAAUAUGAAGAAAGAAAUGGGGACAAGGUCGUCCAUAGCCCUGUUCCUGGACACGGGACCGGGCCACCGCGACACAACGCUGACGGACGAGCGCCAGCUGCUGGUCCAUGACGUCAUCUGCCGGCUGAUGACCUUCAUGGGCCACCACGUGACGGAGGUGGCUCACAGCCACGACCUGGUCUCGCCGGCGGCGGCGCCCGGUGCCGCCCAGACCCUGGUCUGCGUCACCGGCAACUCCCGGCUGGACCUGCGAUGCGUGUGGGCGCCGGGGUCUGAGUCACAGGCGACCGACCCGGAGACGGAGCCGCGACAGACCGACCUGGCGCCGGAGCGGCAGGCGGCGGCUGGCCCGCCCAACUCCUUCCGCGCGUGCCAGCGGAGUGACCAGGUGGAGGCGGCUGUGAUUCUGCCGGAGGAGGAGGAGGAGGAGGCGGACCUGCUAGUCGACAUGUCGGAGUCGGGCGCUUCCGACAGGCCGUGCCGACGCGUCCGAGCAGUCAUUGCUCGCGUGUCGGGUGCUCGCCGUCUCCGCUAA